UGAUCCAUCUGUACAGUCUGUGAACGCACCAUAGUCGGCCACUGUAAUGUCAUGCGCACUCCCGUUGUUUUUGGAUUUGUUGUUAUGACUGGUUGAGGCCUCGGACUAAAUUAAAAGAGGAACCCUGUCGCUGUACCCGGGCACCCGCGAUGGAGGGCAUGGACAUAGAUUUAGACCCGGAGCUCAUGCAGAAAUUUAGCUGCAUGGGCACCACUGACAAAGAUAUCUUAAUCACCGAAUUCCAAAGACUGCUGGGCUUUCAACUUAACCCUGCUGGCUGCGCCUUCUUCUUGGAUAUGACUAACUGGAAUCUUCAAGCAGCCAUUGGAGCCUACUAUGAUUUCGAGAGUCCCAACAUCACCGCACCAUCCAUGUCCUUCGUGGAGGACGUCACUAUUGGGGAGGGCGAGUCAGUACCACCAGACACACCUUUCACGAAAACCUGGAGAAUACAAAACACAGGCACAGAGACGUGGCCCCCAGGAGUUUGUCUAAAGUACGUCGGUGGAGAUCAGUUUGGUCACGUGAACAUCGUCAUGGUGCGCUCGCUGGAUCCGCAGGAGAUCUCUGACGUGAGCGUACAGAUGCGCAGCCCAGUGACCCCGGGCAUGUACCAGGGCCAGUGGAGGAUGUGCACCGCCACCGGACUAUUCUACGGAGACGUCAUCUGGGUAAUCCUGAGCGUGGAGGUGGGGGGCCUCCUGGGCGUGACCCAGCAGUUGUCAUCCUUCCAGCCUGAGUUCAAUACGCAGCCUCACCGCCACCUGGAGGGAGACUUCAACCCCUUCGCCUCACCACAGAAGAACAAGGACGGUGGGGGGGGGCGGAGGAGACAUCGCCGAGCAGCAUCAACAGCACCACCACCACCACCAACCUGGGAGAGCGGCCCUGAGCACAUUCAGCCUGAGCAAAAUGGACUGUCACACAGCUCUGUGUCUCUAGCCACAAACAACCUGCAAAACAACCUGUCGGUAGUGACCUACAGCCAGGAUAGUCAUGGACCCUACCCCUUUGGACAGUCUUAAAUGUGGAUGUGGUCAUGGCCAAGAUGCAGUGGAACAGUGGCCUUGAUCUUACACUAUCCAACAAGGGAGGGGCAUCUAACAGAGAGGGGGCUGUGAGGGGGGGUUAGAGGUGGAGGGUUGGAGGAGUGAGUAUCCCAGAGUUCCUACUGACACUUUUACAAACAUGCUCCUCCUCCCGGCCACCAAGCAACACGAAAAUUAUGAAGACAAGGCUGUUCUGUCCCCACCAUACAAUUCAGCCAACAUUCAACACCCAGAGUAUGCAUGUGUGAAUGCUAAUUUAAAGACGAGUGCUAUGGAUCUUUUUAAAAAACGUGAGAGAGAAAAAAAAAAACAGUUUUUUCGUUAUUUGUUUUUGGUCUUUAUUUUUUUAGAUGUCAUCACAGAGUUCAGUAGAGUCCAUAGUAUCGAAAGUGGGGCAGUGUGUGUGUAUGUGUGCGUAGUGCGUACAGAUGUGUGCAUAUGUGUGCAAAUGUGUAUUGUGUGCACGCCUGUGUGUGUGUGUGUGUGUGUGCGUGUGCAACCUGAAAGAGAUGCUAGGGAGGAAAAAGCCAUUGGGGUAAAAAUUGCUUAUCGAGUGACUAGGCCUAAUUCUCAAGCUGACAUAUAACUAAUAGAACUCUUUUAUUUUGUACAUUUCUAUUGCAAUGGAGAGUAUUCAAUAUUUCUGAGACGGCAGAUUACAACUCCAAGACAUUCUGAAAUCAUAUAUCCACCCUUUGCCAUCCCUUCACAAGCUUUGAAUCUAACUUGCUAGUUGUGUGUUGUGUGUGAGGGAGGGAGUGAGGGAGAGAGAGAGUGAGAGAGUUGUUGACAUUCUGUGUUUUUUUCGAUAGAGGGAGGCAUUUGGCAAAAGGAUCAACUUUAACACCUGUUGGGUGUUGGCCCUAGGGGCAGUUUGGCAACCUUGCAGUGCUUCUUCCUAAGCUUGCAGUGUGACAGUGGUGGGAGGAUGUUGAGGGCGGGGCCACUAUUGGCGCAACACUGGCUUAAUCCAUCACCGUUCAACGUGUCCCUGAACAUGGCAUUUGUCAACAACACUUAGCUUAUUGCAUCGAGUUGAAUGUAUCUGUUGUGAAUGUAAGGUGUUUGAAAUUUUCACUGUCUGAUUCGUUUAUGGAAAGCCCAAAGGCUGAAGUCCAAAACGCUCAGAUGUUCUUGGACGGCAUUUAACUUGGAUGUGCUCCUGAUAUCUAUAAUUGCAAUUCCGUGCAAAAAAAAAAAAAUAUGUUCAUGAUUUCUGGAAAUUCUGCUGUUGUGUAAGUAUCACUAACUAAGUUUGCGAAUCGAGAUGCUGCAGGGUAGCAUAAAAUCUAUUGAUUAUUAAUUACAAUGUUUCAUACAAAGAUUUGGCUGUAGAUCCCAAUCAUUGAUUCAGAAUGUAAUCAUACAAGCCUAGUCUCUCAUCUCUAUGCACUGACCUAUCAAGCCCUAGGCCUCAACACAUAAUGGCUUUUCAUUAGGGAGUAUAUGCUUUUUAUAUAUAUAUAUAUAUAUAUAUAUAUAUAUAUAUAUAUAUAUAUAUAUAUAUAUAUUUAUUAUUUUUUAAAGGCCCUCAGUGUGUGUUUAGCUAUGUGUAAUUUGUCAUUUUAAAUUAGUUGGAAAUGUCACUAGCCACACUCAGUGGUGCGAGGCUUUUUCAAAAGCAAAAGAUUUCUUAGAAUAUUGAAAUGAACCCAAGCCAACACCUUCAGGGCACAGGCAAGGCAUGUCAGUUUUUUUCCGUUUUUGUUUUAUUGUACUUUAACCACUUUGGGGGUUUUUUUGGCACGCAUUUGCCUUCUUAACGUUCUUUCUCUGCAUUAUCUCACUCUUUUUGUUAUUCUAAUUAGUUCUCCAUCAUAGCCAGUCUGCUUGUUUGCUUGUCCUUUUUUUAUGGGAGUGUUCAGCUUCGAUAUUCCCCACCUGACAUUGAGUUUUGGGUUUCCUUCAGUCGGUUAAGCAAUGAGUUUGCACAGGGUUGGAGUGUUGAAUGGAUGAUGAGUUGGAUGAGUAGGGUUUGAAUGGGUCUGCAUUGGAGUUACACCACCACGGCAAAUCAGCAAGAAAUAAAGAAUCUGAACAAAUGAUCAAA